AUGAAGCAACUAGAUGAAAUCACCACUCUGUGCGAUGUUGAAGCUUGUACCCUCAUCUAUAGUGACUUUGAUCCCCAACCUGUUGUUUGGCCGUCUAUGGAUGAAGUACGGAGACUCAUUACAAAGUACCAGAGUUUUCCGAAGGUUGAUCAAGGAAAACGAAAGGUCAAUCAAGAGAUCUUUACGAGGCAGAGGCUCCAAAAGAUACAAGAAAAACUAAGAAGACAGGAAAGAGAGAAUCAUCGUAAUGAGAUGACUCGUAUCAUGUUUCAAUCCAUGAUGAAUCCACAACAUGCUAUGUCAGGCCUGAAUACCGAAGAAGAUUUCAAGGAGCUGGCUAGAGUUAUCAGUCAGAACUUGAUGGAGGUUAACAGGAUGAUGGACUCCUCCUCUUUCAAUCCUCCAACUCAUGGGGGAUUUGGCUCUUGCAUGGCGCCCAACAUGACAUGUCCUCUUCCGGCCAUGGAGUUUCCGCCUCCUUAUAACAUGGGGUUUGAACAUCCUAACACUGGAUUUGAGACCAGUUACAUGAAUUUCCAACCUCCCAACUUGGAAUUUCAGCCUGCAAACAUGGAAGUUCAACCUCUACAAUCUGAUUUCCAGCAAAAUAACAUGCCAUACAAUGAUCCUAACAUGGAAUUUCAGCCUCUUCCAUCUGAUUUCCCGCAGAAUGGCAUGCCAUACCCAAGCAACCCGCCUCCAUUUCCUCACUAUCAUAACGAAGACAUGGGACCACAUGAUCCAUCUUCACAUUAA